AUGGGCUGCAGCCCACUUGCUGACUUUAAAGUACAGUCGAAGCAGUACCUUAACCUGCAUACACUCGAAAAUGCUCAUUUUGGCGAUGUUUUCUCUUUAGCCGCCACUCCCAGCCAGAUCAUAUCUGCUUCAAGUUCUGCAUCUCUAAAGGUGCAUUCUACCACGGAAUCGGAUUUUCCCAUUGCUCAGUCCAUUGAAAAUGCACAUAAAAUUGGCAGCCACCACAUAGUCAUAAGUGGAAACGGGCUGAGGGCUGCCAGUGCGGGUUUCAAUGGAGAGGUCAAACUUUGGACAUUUGAAGAUGGAAUGUGGAGAGAUGAUACCAGCGUGGACUAUAAUGGCAAGGUAGCAGAUGUUUGGGCGAUCAAAUUAUCUUCAGAUGGACAGUACCUUGCUGGCACAACGCAUGACGGCCAUAUCAAAGUCUGGGACCUGCAGAACGGUGCUGAACGGAUACGGGACUUCGAAACAAAAGGCAGCUUUGGCAUGUGUAUAGAUAUUUCACCUGACGGAAAUUUUACGGCAUCUGGCCAUCAAAACGGCAGCGUCUACCUUUUUGAUAAUGGAACCGGACGUAUGCCUCAUUCUCUAUCAGGCCUCGUUGAACCUGUUCGUGCAGUUGCCUUUUCACCAGGAGGCAAAUUGCUAGCUGCGGCGGGGGACUCAAAAGUGAUCGUACUCUAUGAGACAUCAUCCGGCGAGCAUGUUGCAAAUCUUACUGGCCAUUCAGCAUGGGUUAUGUCUCUAGACUGGAGCCAUACUGGUGAGUUUCUUCUGAGUGGGUCUUUCGACGGGAAGGUAAAGGUCUGGUCGAUUAGUCGAAAAGCUUGUGUUGCAACUCUCUCCGAGUCUGACCAGGCGAUUUGGAGCGUUAAAUGGCUGCCGAAAACAGGAAAGGCUGAGGGCUUCGCUGCAGCUGGUGCUAGUAGGAGCAUAGCAUUUUAUCGGGAGGCUACAGGAGGUUAA